GGGAAGGCUGCUCCUGCCUUUCUCCCUGCUCUCCCAGUAAAAGAGCAGUUGCUUGGCCGGUACGGCCCCUUCUUCUGUUCCUUUAGAGACACUUUGGUGGCCCAGACAGAGGCCCCCCAGCGUAGGGAGAAGGGCUCCCUCGGGCCUAGGGAAUAGCAGCUCAGUUAAAAAUAGAGCGGCUGCUGCAGGCGCCCCUGAGGGGCUGGAGAUGGAACCCCUCCCUCCCCUGCCCCCAGGGGAGUCACAGGACAGCGGUGGGUGUGAGGGUCCCGGAGGGGAGGAAGUGGGUUUCCAACUUAGGUGAGCCUGGGAGGGGCAGCCCUGUCUCUCCCCACUCCUCAGGACCCUGUGAGUUCUGACCUGAGGGGUAACUGCUUUUCCUUCUGCUUUGUCGUUUGAGUCAUUUCUCGAAUGGCCAAGGCCUCGCUCAGGCCAUUGCGGUGACCUCUACAGGGGAUGCCUUGGUGGAGGUUUAAGAUCUCCGGGCAGUGACUGGACCAGGGGGUGGGCCCGUCUCUGGGAGGUGCUUUUCUGGUCACUUCCUUGGUUUUGUGUCAUCGGGCUGUCACAUGUCUCUCACCAGCCACUUGGCACGCCCACAUGGACACUUCUGUGUUUGGUCCCACUCCGGGCGCUGGGCACAGACAGGGGACCAGGACCUACUUCCUGCCGGGGUGGGAGGAGAGACAGGCAUGGAACCUGGGGACACUGCAGAGGGAUGCGAGAAGCCAAGAGAGGCCUUGGAGCCCAGGGCUCAGGGACAUGAAUUGUAGGGGGUUAAGUAAAGCCUUCCCAGAGGAGGGGGCCGUGUGAACCUGACAUUGAAGGAAGAGUCGGAUCCUGCCAAGGGAGAGACAAGGGGGCAGCGGAGGACCAUUAGGGAAAAGCCCAUUGCCCGAAUUCCCUCGGGUGCCACUGCCUCUCAUGUCACGUGGGCUUAGUGUCACCGGGAGGGCUGCAUGCCAGGCUCGGGAGUUUGGGCCUUAUCCUGACUGUUCUGUGUAGGGGCAGGGCACAUUGGAGGUUAUCGGGCAGUACAGUUGCUCUCACGGUGCUGUGUGUGUGUUGGGGCUGGGGAAAGCGGUUUGGAGAGGUGGUGAAGGGAUGAUGAAGGCUGAACUGGGGGCCCAAGGCUUGGAGGUGGAGGCACGUAUUGGAGUUGUAUGACACUCACGUACACCCUGGGGGCUUAGCAGGGGCUGGAGAUGAGCCAGGCCUGGAUGUGCGGGAACAGGGAUCUGUCAACACACAGCAGAACUGCCAGGGUCAGGCGAGACGGACAGAUAAAGGGAUCUGGGCCUUUUAGGGGAGAGGGUGUCAUGAUUUUCCAGUGCCUCCUGCAUGCCCUGGAGCAUGCUGGGUGUUGCUGGGGCUUCUAGGCUAUUGCGUUACCAGGACAAGGAGGGUGCGCCCAGGGCUGGGGGAGCAGCCGCGGUGCUGGCCUGGAGAGACGAAGGGGUGGGCAGGUGGUCAUCUUCCGUUCUGGAGGUCAGAAGCUCAGAGGGGCGAAAGAGUGUCUGUGACCACGGGGGCAGUGGCUGGGCUGGGGUCAGGCCACAUGCCUCUGUUGUGGGAUGAGAAUGGGUACGGGUAGGAGGAGCUGAUGCCGGGUGGGGCUGUAGAAUCAGCCAGGUCGGUAGUGUGUGACCCCACGCCUCCUGCCCUUGACAGCCUUGCUUCUCCCCUUGGUGCCAAAUGGUCAAGAACAGGCUCCUGGCCGCCCAGGCCUCAUCCCUUUUAUGUCUCGUCCCAACCCUGAGUGGCAGGCCCAGAACAGUUCCCAUUUCCCUGGCGAGAAGGCUGAGGAGCCACCCGAGGACUCGUGAUAGGGAGGCAGAGCGCCCGAGCCUGUGUCUCACGACUGAAACUCAGGCUGUUCCAAGGGAGGAGGCAGCUGCUGUGUGCUGCUGCAUUUGGCCUGGGCAGCUGUCUCUUGAGGCAAAGCCAGCCCGGACAGCCCAUCGCCUCCUCUUCCGGGGCCUGGCAAGGCAGCCUGCUUCUUCUUCCCCGCGGGUCAGAGUGCUUGUCCUUCUCCCUCUCUGCCCCUGGAGGGAUAGUGACCACAUCCUGCCUCCCCUCCCUGGUCUGCGAUGGGUCCGGUGAGCGCCAAGCCUCUGAAGCCCUUUUGCAUGCAAAGACUUAGGCCCAGGAAGGUGUAAUUCCUCGCCCACGGCCUCAACACUCGGGGCGCCGCCACACUGGGAACCGACCGAGGCGCUCGAGCCCCACGGCUGGCGGGCGGAAGGUGACCAGCUCCCUGAGCCCUGCAACGCGGCCAUCAUGGACAAGAUCCUGGAGGCGGUGGUGACGUCGUCGUACCCCGCGAGCGUGAAGCAGGGGCUCGUGCGGCGCGUGCUGGAGGCGGCGCGGCAGCCGCUGGAGCGGGAGCAGUGCCUCGCGCUGCUGGCUCUAGGCGCGCGCCUCUACGUGGGCGGCACGGAGGAGCUGCCGCGCCGCGUGGGCUGCCAGCUGCUGCACGUGGCCGGCCGCCACCACCCCGACGUCUUCGCCGAGUUCUUCAGCGCGCGCCGCGUGCUGCGCCUGCUGCAGGGCGGCGCCGGCCCGCCGGGGGCCCGCGCGCUUGCAUGCGUGCAGCUGGGCCUGCAGCUCCUGCCCGAGGGGCCCGCGGCCGACGAGGUGUUUGCGCUGCUGAGGCGCGAGGUGCUGCGCGCUGUGUGCGAGCGCCCCGGGCCCGCCGCCUGCGCGCAGGUGGCCCGGCUGCUGGCACGGCACCCGCGCUGCGUGCCCGACGGCCCGCACCGCCUGCUCUUCUGCCAGCAGCUGGUGCGUUGCCUCGGCCGCUUCCGCUGUCCCGCCGAGGGCGAGGAGGGCGCCGUGGAGUUCCUGGAGCAAGCCCAGCAGGUGAGCGGGCUCCUGGCGCAGCUGUGGCGCGCACAGCCCGCUGCCAUCCUGCCCUGCCUCAAAGAGCUGUUCGCUGUCAUCUCCUGCACAGAUGAGGAGCCACCAUCUAGCGCCCUAGCCAGUGUGGUCCAGCACCUGCCGUUGGAGCUCAUGGAUGGCGUUGUCCGGAACCUCAGCAAUGACGACAGCGUGACGGACGCCCAGAUGCUCAUGGCCAUCAGCAGGAUGAUCGACUGGGUGUCCUGGCCCCUGGGGAAGAACAUCGACAAGUGGAUCAUUGCCCUGCUGAAGGGCCUGGCUGCCGUUAAGAAGUUCAGCAUCUUGAUCGAGGUCUCGCUCGCCAAAAUCGAGAAGGUUUUCUCCAAGCUGCUGUACCCCAUCGUGCGGGGAGCCGCCUUGUCUGUCCUCAAGUACAUGCUCCUGACUUUCCAGCACUCCCACGAGGCCUUCCACUUGCUCCUGCCUCACAUCCCGCCCAUGGUCGCCUCCCUGCUCAAGGAGGACUCCAACUCGGGGACCAGCUGCCUGGAGCAGCUGGCGGAGCUGGUCCACUGCAUGGUGUUCCGCUUCCCGGGCUUUCCGGACCUGUAUGAGCCUGUCAUGGAGGCCAUCAAGGACCUCCAUGUUCCCAACGAGGACCGCAUCAAGCAGCUGCUGGGGCAGGAUGCCUGGACCUCCCAGAAGAGUGAGCUGGCUGGCUUUUACCCCCGGCUCAUGGCCAAGUCCGACACGGGCAAGAUUGGCUUAAUCAACCUGGGCAAUACCUGCUACGUGAACAGCAUCCUCCAGGCCUUGUUCAUGGCUUCUGACUUCAGGCACUGCGUGCUCCGUCUGACCGAGGACAACUCGCAGCCCUUGAUGACCAAGCUGCAGUGGCUCUUCGCCUUCCUGGAGCACAGUCAGCGGCCCGCCAUUUCCCCGGAGAACUUCCUCUCUGCCUCCUGGACACCCUGGUUCAGUCCCGGCACCCAGCAGGACUGCUCCGAGUACCUGAAGUACUUGUUGGAUCGGCUGCAUGAAGAGGAGAAAACGGGCACCAGGAUCUGCCAGAAGCUCAAGCAGUCCAGCGCGCCCUCUCCGCCGGAGGAGCCCCCCGGCCCCAGGUCGACCUCGGUGGAGACGAUGUUCGGAGGCAAGAUAGUGACGCGGAUCCGCUGCCUGCGCUGCCUCAACGUCUCCUCCCGCGAGGAGGCCUUCACCGACCUCUCCCUGGCCUUUCCGCCGCCCGAGCGCUGCCGCCGCCGCCGCCGCCUGGGCUCGGUGCUGCAGCCCGCGGAGGAGGUGAGGGCCCAGGCCGCCGGCAGGGCGGGCGCCCGGCGGCAGCGCAAGCUCUGCAUCGCCGGCGACGCCGCGCCUCCCGUGCUGCUCGUCGACGGCCUGGGCGCACAGAGCGGGCCGCAGCCGUGCGCCGAGAGGGAGGAGGACGCAGCGGCGGGGAGCGAGAGCGGGCAGAGGGACGAGGGAGGAGCGGCGGAGGAGGAGGGGGACGAAGGCCCGCGAGGGGAGCAGCAGCCCCCGCCGGCGCAGGGAGAGGAGGAGGAGGAGGAGGAGAAGGUGGAGAAGGAGAAGGAGGAGACGGAGACCGAGAAGGAGGAGGACACCUCGGGCCCCGGCACCCAAGGCGCUGCUGCCGCCCCGUCUGGCCCCGAGGGCUCCCGCUCCGUCCUGGACCUGGUCAACUACUUCCUGUCGCCCGAGCGGCUGACGGCGGAGAACCGCUACCGCUGCGAGUCGUGCGCCUCCCUGCAGGACGCCGAGAAGGUGGUGGAGCUGAGCCAGGGGCCGCGCUACCUCAUCCUCACGCUGCUGCGCUUCUCCUUCGACCUGCGCACCAUGCGGCGCCGCAAGAUCCUCGACGACGUCGCCAUCCCGCUGCUGCUCCGCCUGCCGCUGGCCGGCGGCCGGGGCCAGGCCUACGACCUGUGCAGCGUCGUGGUGCACUCGGGCGUGUCCUCCGAGAGCGGCCACUACUACUGCUAUGCCCGGGAGGGCGCUGCCCGGCCCGCGGCCGCCGACAGGCCCGAGCCCGAGAACCAGUGGUACCUGUUCAAUGACACCCGGGUGUCCUUCUCCUCCUUCGAGUCCGUCAGCAACGUCACCUCCUUCUUCCCCAAGGACACGGCCUACGUGCUCUUCUACCGGCAGCGGCCCGGGGACGGGCCGGCGGCCGAGCCCGGGUCGCCCAGGGUGCGUGCCGAGCCCACCCUGCACAAGGACCUGAUGGAAGCCAUUUCCAAAGACAACAUCCUGUACCUGCAGGAGCAGGAGAAGGAGGCCCGGAGCCGAGCAGCCUACAUCUCGGCCCUCCCCGCAUCUCCCCACUGGGGGAGGGGAUUUGAUGAAGACAAGGAUGAGGACGAAGGCUCUGCGGGAGGCUGCAACCCUGCAGGUGGCAAUGGCGGUGACUUCCAUAGACUGGUCUUCUAAUGGAAACCCUCCCGCAGUGCGUUUCUACCUGUGGGGCAGCAGAGCCCAUGGGGGAGGCCUCAGCCCCUUCCUGAGAGCCGGAUGGGGCCCUCAGGGCCCAGGCCGAGCUGCUCUGCCAAGUGGGGUCAGGCUCAGUCUCCAUGUAGGCCCUCCUAGGGCACAGGGCUGCAGAAGGGAGCUUCUGGAACGUUGGCCCUGUCACCUUGGUAGAGAUGCAGAUGUGAGGGCCAAGCCUGUUGGACCUCAGGCCCUGAUGCUGGCAUCGGCUACGUUAAGAUUUCACUCCCAAGUGUCCUGGCUGACUUGCAGCAGCCUCCCUGGGCAGGCGGCGGGCUUGGCCUUUCUCUGCAAGGAGCCUGCCCUGGGAUAGGGGACCUCGCUCGGCACGUGGGCCUGGGCAUCGCCUCCAGUGCCUGGCUCAGGUCGCCUUUCCCUUCAGCCCCUCUUGGCCAGUUCUGGCUCUAGCAUGAAAAGCACACCGGGAUCCACGCCUGUGCACGGGCUGGGGCUGUGGGCCGCCUCUGGCUGCCCUCCAGCUGUUCUGAGGUCUUAGGGGCGAGGCAGGUGCAUGCCUCCGCAGUUGGCCCUUUUGAGAGCAGUGCAGAUGGGGAGCGGCCUGACUCAGGACUGGCCCCAGGUCUCCCAUUGGGUCCUCCGUCCUUACGUACCCACACCAGGUGUUGUGCCACAGGGAUAGCCUUCGCCCCUCCCCCUCCCCCUCGCCUGCCUCAGUGCCUGAGAUGCCACCAUUAGCAUCGCCCCCUCCCCUGCUCUGGUUGAGGUAGAGGGUCUUUAUUUUCCUGCAAAGAUGUUUCUCACGAAGCCACGGUCUGUGUGGCGGCAGCUGGCUGGCUUGGCUGCUCUGAGCUUGGUGGCUGUGUGAGGGCUGUCUCCAUGGGCCCUGACACUGCUGUAGCCCCUCAAAAUGGAGAGGAGAAACCGUGUUCUCGAACAGGAAUAAAGCUAGGUUCUCUGAA